GCGCUGUGAGGGGCAGGAUGGAUGGUGCUCAGUACGAGGGGAUGGCGGAGCGCUGCUGGAAGGUUGAGUCCAGCGGGCAACACGGUUGCGAGUUGUCUCAAAGAGACACCCAAGCCUGUUACUCCCACUGCUGUACGAAAGUUUCGAAACACAACAGAUCCAGCUCCUGGUGCUAAAAUAAUAUUCUACGGCAGUGCAGAUGAUCCUGACGUUGCAACAGACUUGACUCAUGGCAUAAAGUCAACCUCCCAAUGCAGUGUAGCUUCUUUGAUAAGUCCAGUUGCUAAAAGUGAAUUUCAAGAAAAGAUGCAGGACAUGAAAGAAGCAAUUUACUUCAGUAAUCGUGAAGCACCUUUGGGUAAAUCACAUGAUCAAUCUUUGAAGUUACCUGAGGGCUUGGAUAUAAUUAAAACUACAUUUGGAAUUAAAGUCUGCAAAGAUUUAACAGCUGGAGAGCUUGUCAAUCCACCAAAAACCUUUGAGGAAGUGGAUAAAGAAGCGAGAGAAGGACAUGAUUUAUAUGUUCUCUCACAUGAGGAUUAUUAUGUGGGGGAGUCAGUCAGUAGGAAGUAUAACUCACACUUUGACAAGUCUUUUGUUUAUGGAAUGGAAACCCCUCACUAUGAAGAUGGGCGAAAUACAGCCAAGACCUUCAAUUGGCUCUUUGACCUGGAUUCGAAGAGAGGACCAAACCUUGUGUCAAAACGAAGUGAUGAUUUCAAGGAAAAAUACCAGCCUCUGAUUGGAAAAGUUUUUGAUCCUAUAGCAGAUACUAGGAAUGUUCCCCCAGACCAUACAUUUGGAUUGACGGCCUGUCCAGAUGAAUAUGACGUUCAUCAUCUUCUUCAUGUCCGGGUUCCAUGUGAGUUCCUCUGUGGGAAGGACAGAGAAAGAGUUAUCUUGAUGGCAGUUCGAGAAAGUCUGAAGAAAGCUGACUACAGGAAUUUUGAUGUGUUACUAAAAGCAUUAAGACAUUUUGAUAAGAAUGGUGAUGGAAUGAUACACAAGGACAAGCUACGAAAGAUCUUUUCUCAGCUGAAUGUGAAUCUGGAUGAUGAGCUCCUGGAAACCUUAUUUGACUGCUGUGAUUUGGAUAAGGAUGGUCUGAUUAAUUACCAGGACUUUGCGAACUUUCUGAACUGGAAAGAUAAAAUGGGUGUUAAAGAGUUUGAAGAAAAAAUAAUUACAAAAGGGAAAAAAUUAGAUGCAUAUCUUUCCAAAGACACAAAGAAAGAGGAUGAACCACUGCCAGAAAAGAAAGAUCUUGAGUUAAAAGAACGAGAAAGCUCAGAAAAGAUGCCAAAACCACUUUCAAGAUCAACAGACCGUGUAUAUACAAAUUAUCGAACAUCAUCUUCUCAGUAUAAUGCUGUAGUUGGUGGUAUCCCAGCAUCCUGUUAUCCAUUGUGUGGUGUUCCAAGUAUUCGUUCAGAUAUUCCUGCUCCUCAAGUUUGUCGCCUCAGUGACACGACUAAUUAUGGUGACCAGGGCAGUAGUUUUUCACUUUUGUACCCUUCUGUCUUCAGUCAAAAGGGAGUAUAUGAAAAACACCUUUUAAAAAAGAGACCAAAGGCAGAGAUUAAACAAAUUCUCCACAAUAUGGGCAUGAAUACUUCAGAUGAAAGGUUUGAAGAAAUAUGGAAGCAAGUGUGUACAAAACAUGAGAUAAAAGAGCUUUGUGAUUGUGAAGAAAGUAUGUGGAAUAUACUGAAUAAGAUACAUGAAUCAGGCAUAGAAUUCUAGUCUCUGGACACUGCUUUUAUUUAACAUUAGUCAUAAUUCUGGUGCUGAAUAAAAAAAAAACAACAAAUAUUUAUAUGUGUAUUGUCUUUCUGAGUAGUGGGUUCACCACAUGUAUGAAUCAUUGCAUUUGGUAGGAACUGGUAUCCAUGCUUGUAAAUGUAGUGCCAAUAUUUACAAAUAUAUCCCAUUUUUCAUUUAUUUAAAUUUAUUUUUUCUCUUAUAAGUGGAAUUACCCCUUUAAAAGUGCUAAAAAUAAAUAUUUCAGAUAUUCAAGGCCUGUCAAAGAUUAUUAUCAUACCAUGGCAUUUUCCCUUUCUUCUCAUGUUCCAUAGUUCUUGUCAACAGAGAUCUGGUUGUGGCAAAGUAUUUGAGAUGUUUGACCGUUCAUGUGAGAAAGUGCUUUACAGUCCAAUAGUAAGAAAGGUAAAUAGCAAUAGGUGUGGGUUCUAAAGUGUUGUCAUGAAAUAGACUCCAUAAAAACCUGUAGGUUAAGAAGUGCUAGAAAUGAAUGUCCAGUUUGUGGUAGAGGGCUCCUAUUCUUUGUGCUACCUUAUGACUCUUACUUAAUAGUAUUCAGCUUUCACAAUGAGGAAAAAAGUAUGGAUAUUGAGAGGUGUUUAUGUAAUAAACAUUACGUUGCUGAGUAGUCAGAAAAGUUUGUGAGGGCUUUCAGAGAGCCCUCAUUUAAUUUCAUUUGUGACCAGAAUGGUUUCUUGGAAAGAGGGAGAGUCAUUAAUAGAAAACCCUUAACGAUUAUUAUGCAAAUCUCAAUGAAUAGAUGUAAAGUCCAAUAAGAAUAAAUAAUGGAAAGAAAAUAAUAUGAAAACAUGCAACUGUGAGUGGGAAUGUUCACUCUUCUUCUACAGUACUGAACUUUGAUGUAAAACAGAUGGAAAUUGUUCACUAUUAACAGUGAGAAAUAUUACUUCUAGGCUUUCAAAUGCAAAUGAAAGAUCCUUGUCCAAUGUAACCUUAAUAUACAGGAUUUAAAGAAGGAUGCUAUUUUGUCACCUAUUAGUGUUUUAAAUACUUUAGUAAGAUUUGGAGAAUGUUGCCAGCCAAAAGCGUUACUGAGUUUUACAACACAAGUAAAGUUUUCUUUUGUUAAAUUCUAGAAAUGCACAUGUAAUGCCAGUUUAAUGUUUUAGUUCCUUCUUCUGUUGUGUUUAAGAUUCCUCUUUUGCCUAUGUUCUAGGAGCUGUCAUUUACAUGUAACUUGCUUGUUACAUGAGAUCUGCAAGCCAGACCCUUUUGUACAUUAUUUUUGUAGCAUUAACAGCAGCUGUCUUACAUCAAGUAGGAAGAAUUUGCUUUGUGGUAUCUCCAAGGAGCAGGUGGUGGAAAUGCUGCUUGAUGAAGGCAGCUUCUUUCCUGCUGUGAAUGAAUGUUCUGCACAGUUGCUGCCUUGCCUCCCCAUCCUUCUGGAACUCUCUGCAUGCACUCAGAAGCAUGCAGGAAGCAGACUGACUGUCCCAAGUGGAACCAUGGAAGAAAAAUGUCCAGCUGAUUACAAUUGAAUUUACAAUGUUAGAAUUUUACCAUUUCAGUGAAACCCUCUAAAGCUUAUUUUCUGCUCAUAUUAUGUGGGAAGGAAGAAUCCUUUACCUUUGUGGCAGUGAACUUUCAAAAGCACUGGAGAGAAUUACUUUAGAAAAAACAAAAUAUUUUUCCUCUUCAAUAGAAGAUUGUAGAUGAAAUACUCAAGCUCAUGUCGGGGGAAAAUGGAAAAAAAGUUACUGUAUCUGUGUGUAUGUAUUUAUGUAUGCGUAUACAUAGGAGAUCUGUUCUGUUUGUUCAGCAGCUUGAAAUUCUGUGAACUUUUUUUUAUUCUACCAUAAAGUACUCACUUGCACUCCUCUUUCAGUAGAAUCCGUUCCUUUGUCAAUGAAAUUGAAUUAAUGUUGUUCUUGGUCAGUCUGCUAAAUAAGUUUUGAGUAAAGAAGACUGCUAAAUCAUGGUUUCAUUUUUUGUGAGUAUGUUUGUAACCAAAGGCUUAAGAUUUUUUUUUCAGGUUUGGGUUUGAAAUUACCCCUCUGAAGCUUGAAAAAAUAAAUUACU